UUACGGUCUAUGUUUUUUAGAGAGAGAAAAGCUUGAAGUAGGUCGUGUGCUGAGUGUCAGACGGCGAAGUUAGUAGGAUAGCCGUGUGCCCUCUCUGUACCUGCUCAACAUGUAUAAAGUUGUAUCCAGUCUAAGUGGCCGCUGUGCAGUUUUAACAGGACAGUCCUGCUGUCGGCCCGGUUUGGCCAAAUUCCACUUGGCAGGUGGUGCAUUAUGUCAGCAGUCAGCCUCCAAAUACUCUCCCGCAGGCGUCCCAGAGAUGCCCCCAUGCAAUUUCAAACCAGAGGAAUACAAGGGUAUGUCCAAAGAGCAGAUGAUGGAGAUCCGCAGACAGAAUUGCAACCCGAUGAUCAUGAAGGUUACCUACUAUAAGAAACCAGUGUUCAUCCACCAGGGAUACAUGCAGUGGCUGUGGGAUGUGGACGGGAGGCGAUAUCUGGAUCUGUUUGCUGGUGUGGCUACUGUCAGUGUGGGCCACUGCCACCCGAAAGUAACAGCAGCCGCAGAGCAGCAGUUGAAGAGACUGUGGCAUACCACUAACAUCUACGUCUAUCCUCCUCUCCAUGAGUAUUGUGAGAAACUAGCUUCCUACUUACCGGAUCCUCUUAAGGUUGUAUAUCUGACCAACAGCGGCUCAGAAGCCAAUGACCUGGCCAUGUUGAUGGCUCGACUUCACACAGGCAACUUUGACAUCAUCACUUUCAGAGGGUCAUACCAUGGUGGCAGCCCGCAGACUAUGGGUCUAACUUCCAACGCAGCAUAUAAAUACCCCAUUGCCAAUGGUUUAGGCUGCACAAAUACCAUGUGUCCUGAUGUGUUCAGAGGUCCAUGGGGAGGAAGCCACUGCAGGGACUCUCCUGUGCAGACCAUCAGAGAAUGUAGCUGUGCCCCAGGUCAUUGCAUGGCAAAUGAACAAUACAUUGGACAGUUAAAAGAGACAUUUGCUACGAGUGUCCCAAGUCAAAUUGCUGCUUUCUUUGGAGAGCCUAUUCAGGGAGUCGGAGGAGCUGUGCAGUACCCUAAAAACUACCUCAAAGAGGCUUACAAACUUGUAAGAGAGAGAGGAGGGGUCUGCAUUGCUGAUGAGGUCCAGACUGGAUUUGGGCGAACAGGAAGCCACUUCUGGGGUUUCCAAGGUCAUGAUGUCAUUCCUGACAUGGUUACAAUGGCAAAGGGCAUUGGUAAUGGCUUCCCAAUGGGAGCUGUUGUUACAACACCAGAAAUUGCCGCCUCAUUUGCCAAGGGGAUUCACUUCAACACCUUUGGAGGAAAUCCUGUGGCUUGUGCUGUUGCUUCAUCAGUGCUUGAUACUAUCAAAGAGGACGGUGCGCAGCAGAUCAGUCUUAAUGUGGGCACUUAUCUGAUGACAGAACUGGCAAAACUCAGAGACAAGUAUGAGAUUAUCGGUGAUGUCCGUGGAAAAGGCCUGCAGAUCGGUGUGGAAAUGGUCAAAGACAAGGCCAGUAGGGACCCGCUCUCUCCUGAAGCAAUGAGUGAGAUCUUUGAGGACGUCAAGAACAUGGGAGUCCUGAUAGGGAAAGGAGGAGUCUACGGACAGACCUUCCGCAUCAAACCCCCUAUGUGCAUCACGGUGGAAGACGCAGAUUUCUUCCUGGCAGUUUUUAACAAGUCCGUCCACAACUACAUGGAAAGAAGAUGAAAGUCAGCUGGAUCGCUCAAUGCCAAGGACAAUACCUGGAAACCGCAAUGGCAGUGAAUUGCAUUUUUAAAAUGUUACAAAUGUCAGUAUUAAUCAUUUUGACCUCAUGAGAAAGACUACAUCUGUUAAUGCCUCGGCAUAGCAACUGUUAAAUGGAACUUUUUAAAACUAUGUUAUAAUUAGAAGACUUAAUUUAUCUAAUAUACCUCACUAAUUAAAUUAGAAUAACUUAUCUUGUACAGUUGUCUGUGAAGGUUCUCAGUCAUCCAGGUCAUAGUUAUCCAAAGAAGGUUAAAGUCAAGGGCAGCUUCUAGUAUCUUCAACCAAGUCCAGUUGCCCUUGACUUUAACCUUCUUUGGAUAUCUUGUACAGUGUGCCUUUCUAACAACUGACUUGAAGUUACUUUAGCUAUUUUUGGAUGUGCUGAAUCGUGCAGAUGUGACAUUGUAUAACUGUUUUGUUGCUGAUAAUAGAUGUGAAUGUAAUAAUAAUAAUCUGUAAGCUGGAGGAACAGCCACUUGUGCUAUUAAACAUCGGUCACACUGCCA